CUUAUAUUUGAACUAAAUUAUUCUAUUUAAAUUUACAAUAGUUUUAUUUCACAAUUUGGUAAUUUGUUCAUUGCUUCGCAUUGCAUUCUCAGAAUGGUUUCACUCCACUGUAUAUGGCUGCCCAAGAGAAUCAUUUGGAAGUUGUACGUCUACUACUAACUAAUGGUGCAAAUCCUGGUCUAACUACAGAUGAUGGUUUUACACCACUUGCUGUAGCUCUACAACAAGGCCAUGAUCGUGUUGUUACUCUAUUACUAGAAAGUGAUUGUCGUGGUAAAAUUUGUUUACCAGCUUUGCAUAUUGCAUCCAAGAAGGAUGAUGUUAAAGCAGCGAAUUUAUUAUUAAAUAGUGAUGUCAAUGUCGAUCAUCAAUCAGCCGUAAGUUUUUUUAGUGAUUACUAA